GAAUGUCGAUUCGAAACCACUACUUUUGAAUUGAAAGAUGCCGCCAUCACUUUUGAAAGCGUCACUUCCGAAAUCUGUAUAAACGGCUCGACAGAGUGCGUUCGAUCGAUGGUUCCGUUGCGUGGAUUUUAAAAAGUUGUGUAUAACCGUAAAACGUGUUCGCGCGAAUCGUGUUGCCCGGUAUAUAACAUCGCGUAACUUACAAAUUGUACUUGUACAUACAAUAAUCACAGGGAGUAUUGUCCUCUACGCGGACUGUGAUGUUCGAAUCCUGGACUACGACGUAACCUGAGGAUACUGUAAACACCGGAGGACUCUCAACCGAUCGAGGGGGACGAAUCGGAGAAUGUGUGAUUUGAUAGAUUUAAACAGUCCGGAUGCAAAGGGGUCACUGGAUCGAACGAAACUGGCAUCUCCUUUGAUACCGGCGCCCAAAAGUGUCGAAUCCAACAGCAAGACAGACUCGUUGAUGAUAACAGAGAAACGAAACGAGAGCGAUGGUAACAAUCCAUUUGAUAGAGUGUUGCAUGAGACAGUCGAAUAUGUCAGCAAGAAGGACGAUCCCUUCGAAGUGAUGUUACAACGAGCUCUAAAGUCCAAGAGGAAAGGAAACGUAGACCUGAGAGCGCGAUCUGUGAACUUUGCGGACGAUUUUACUCCAAAAAGUAAGAAGAGGUACUUCAAGACGAGAAACAAGACGUUGGAUGGGUCUUUGCUCGAAGAUAAAUUGGAUGUGUCCAUUGGAGACAAGAAGGUGGAAGUAAGGAAAGAAAUUGACAGUCUUGAUGUGAGAAACGCUGAUGUCUGUGAUAAUAACAUGACAGUUGAAUCUUCAUUUUAUAAAAAUAACAAUGAAAAUACCUUUGUGCCUAAACAAAAUGAUAAAAUAGUUGUUACUAAUCCAGAGUCGCUGGAGUUGUCGAUUUUAAAUCAGUCUGCGAUGAAUGACACGUUAUUAGAAGCAGUUCCUAAGUCUAAAAAGGAUGAUAAUAUACCAUUUUGCCUAGAGAAAGAUACAUUGUACAAAGAAUUUAUUCUCCUUCCAAGUAACAAUCUUAAAUGGCGUUCCUUGUCGCAAGGAGCUGGAAGGUCACCAACAGCAUUAUCAUGUUUAAAUAGGAGAUCGCAAUCUGUAACGGAUGAUGAGAAGAAAAUUUCACAAAAUGAUUAUAACAUCGUCCCAUCUUUUCUAGAUAAAGGUUUUUUGGAGAGUAAAUAUAACGAACAAUCUAUAUUUUCUACUUUAUCAAAUGUCUCGUCUAUAGCCAAAUUAAGUUCUAUAUCAAUAUCAUCGUCAGUAUUGUCACUUGAUACUAUGAAUCAUGCUUUCUUGGAUAGUAACUCAUUAAAAGCGAGUCAAGAAAACAUAAAUACAUCUGAAAAUUCUGUGGAAAUGAAGUCAAAGCAGUACAAUUUAUCAGAUCUAGCAGAAAGACUUGAAAAAUUAAAAUGUGCUAUGAAUGGGACGAUUAGUAUCUCAAAUAAAAUAGAAGCUGAAUCUAAUUUCAUGAAAGAAGAAAAACAAAUCACAAAUGAUAAAUUGAUAGAUGUCGAUGUGUUCUUACCGGAAGAAAAUUCCAGUAAAGAACGUAAUAAAAGCUCAAGCUCCAUUGCUUCUUUGGAAUCUGUAUUUGCUGAUACAGAUAAAGUCAACAAGUCAAUAAUGAACGAGGCCAAGAUGCUUUCAAAGACUUUUGAGGAAUUAGCGCUAAGAACAGAUUCUGGAUCUAGUGUCGAUGAUGAUUUAAUUUCAAAUAAUACUCUGUGGAUGUCAGAAUUAUUACCAGCGUUUGAGGAUGAUCUUGUAGUAGAUAAUUUGAUUGAAUUACCUAUUUCGCCAGAAAAAAGUUCAAAACAAUGCAUUAAAAACAAUGAUAAAGAGCAAUCUCUUUCAAAUAUUGAUAAGAUAGAUGAAAAUUCUUUAAAAGAAAUUGAGCCACAAUUCACUGACUGCGUAAAGCAGACAAUUGUAACAUCAUUACUAACAGAUCUCAGAAAAUUGAUUAAAGUAGAAAAUAAUCCAGAAGUCAAUAAAUUACUUGAUAAUUUGGAGAAUGUUAUAGAUACUAACUGUAAAAAUAACACAGAAUUAUUAGUAACCUGUCUCAACCUAUCAAACGAGUUGCGAAGUCCUCAGAAAAUAUCAUCUGAUAUUGAAAAAUCUGAAGUUGUAAAUAUCGAUAAAAGCAAAGAAGAAAGCGAAAAAAUAUUGUUCAAAGAAGAGAUCUGUAAUGUUGAAAAGUUGUCCUUGGAUAUAAGUUGUAAAUUGGAAAAUACAUCACAGGCUACAACUAACAGUAGCGAUAAUUUAUCACUUAAGCCUUCAUCUUAUGAAAAUAAUGAUGAAAAUCAUCUGAAUAUUACAAAUUCACCUAAAGAGGUAUAUACAAAUUAUGCUAAAGAGAAAGAUAAUCAGUCAGAUGAAAAACUAGCAAUAGAAUUACUGAUGAAUCUUGGAAAAUUGUUGAAUGUUCAAAUUGAGGAUGCUACGACAAUGCAGUUACUUAAAUGUAUAGGAAAAGCUUUGAAUGUUGCAUCAAAUAAUUAUAAAAUUGAAAAUGAGAUACCGGAUAGUAAUAAAAUGCAUAGUAUUCAACAAAUUACACCAAAAAAGACUUCAGAAUUUGAUCGUAACGCGCAUUCGUCCACACAUUCGACAAAAACGGAGCAUAGACGAAGCUUCGACAGAAAAUCUAAAACAGCUAGAAGAAGUAUAUCCGUGAUGCGUUCAUCGCCCAAAAAGACAUCAAAUACGCAAAUACAUAAAUAUAGAAGAACAUCCGAAUUUGAAGAUUGCAAGAAACGUUUUUUAAACGAUUCUGGAUUAGUUGAUAAUUUAGCAAGUAAAAAAGUUGUGGUUCCAGAAGCAUGUAACAUGGAAAAAGCGGAGAUACAGUCUGGCACCAAAAAAAAAGAGAAAUUCAUUGCUAUAAGCGAUGUUAAAAAUAAGUUAAAAAAAAGGACAGACAUAGUCAAUAAGAGAGGUCCUAUGAAAGCAGUGCAUCCUGUAGAUAAUAUGCAGAAGAAAGGAACAUUAAUCGUUAAACAAACAACACCAUCUUCUCAAACUAUUACGCCGCCUAAAUCCGAUAAAACUACUCCUUGCCGUAAAAUAGUCAGCAGCACUCCCAAUUCAAUGGACGAUAAAUAUUAUAUGGCUAAGAAAUCUGCAAGAUCCCAGCCGGUAGCUUCGUCGACACCAGACGAUCAAAACAGCAAGGCUUCGAAAGCGAAGUUGUCCGCUAAUAAAAAACGUAAUCUUUCUUGUGAUAUUUCGCCGGUGACUACAUAUAUAAAUACGAGCGGCAGUGGUGAACGGAAAGAGAGUCCCAAGAGGCCAUCCAAGCUGCCAACUCCGAAGAAAUGUACAACACCUAAAGCGGAGGUGUUUGGUAUCCCGAAGUUUUCAACGCCACCAAGACACAAUUUAUCGUUCAACCAUGUAAACCAUCAGCGAUCUCCGCAACGUUUAAAUAGGAGUUUAAUAAUGGAUCGUCAGCGAUACUCUCCUGUCUAUCAGAAAAAGAGUGCCGAAAAGAUGCAACAGAGUCCGUUGAAAGAAAAUAGAAUCACUGCAAAAGUGAAGCCGCUUAAUUUGAUCUCUAAACUUAAACAGCACGGUACCGGUGAUCCCAUCGACAAGGAAAACAAUUAUGCUUAGAUAGUGAUGCAACGUGAGAAUUGGAACGAUUGUACUACCGUGAUAUUAAAGAUUCCUUCAUAGAAAUCAUGAAAAGAAAGACACAGUCUUCUUUUUUUCAUAUAUAUAUGUUUUCGAAAUAUUUAUAUGUUUUAUAAUAAAAUACAUGCGAGAUUAUGUACGAAAAUAUCAUAUUUAUGAAUCUUGAAAUAAUCUUGUUAGGAUGUAAUAAACAUUCUUGUUCGAA